AAUGGUUAGGAAAUAGUUGUGAGUGAGGCGACCGAGUUGCAGACGCAGAGAUGCAGAUCUUUGUGAAGACCCUCACGGGCAAGACCAUCACCAUUGAGGUCGAGCCCAGUGACACCACUGAGAAUGUCAAAGCCAAAAUUCAAGACAAGGAGGGUAUCCCACCUGACCAGCAGCGUCUGAUAUUUGCCGACAAACAGCUAGAGGAUGGCCGCACGCUCUCAGACUACAACAUCCAGAAAGAGUCCACCCUGCACCUGGUGCUGCGCCUGCGAGGUGGCAUUAUUGAGCCUUCCCUCCGCCAGCUUGCCCAGAAAUACAACUGUGACAAGAUGAUCUGCCACAAGUGCUGUGCUCGCCUGCACCCCCGUGCUGUCAACUGCCGCAAGAGGAAGUGUGGCCACACCAACAACCUGCGCCCAGGAAGAAGGUCAAAUAAGCCUCUUCCUUCCUGGAAGGGCAGCCUCCUGCCCAAGCCCCAUGGCCCUGGAGCCUCAAUAAAAUGUCCCUUUGGUUGACUGGA